AUGUCGUCAGACACAUCAUCACAAACCCGAACUACAAAACGGGACGUAAGGCAUUCCUUCUUCAUUGAUGAUACAGUAAACGAUUCGACUCAUAACAACAAUGGACAAGAAAAUAAUAAUAAUAACAACAAUCUUCAGCAAGAUUCGUUUGCUGUUUAUAUAGAUAGAUCAUUUAUGGGGACAACACCAAGACAAGCAGAGUAUAGCAGUAUACGAACUUCAAGUAUAGAUACAGCAGAUAGCAGCAACUCGAAUGAUAGAAGUGAUAAGAUGGAUGAAAAGGAAGAGUCCCAAAGCUCUGAAAGAAAUUCUAAUAAGGUGCCAAACUUGAUAGGCACUGCAAUUACACAAGAGCCAAAUCCUAUAAUACGACAUGACCGAGCCAAUUUAAAUAAUCAAGGAGAAUUACCAAAAUCAGAUGAUUCACAGGCUACCCAGGGUACUGGUAUACUUGAACAACCACUUGAAUCUGGAAGCCCCCAGCGUUCCCAAGGACAUAAUAGUGAUCAUACUGUCUCUACUACAGCACUAGAUGAUGCUACUGAUGAAAUUCAUCGCAAUUCAAUUCUUCAUGAAAGUGAUAUAAAUUUUGAUACCCAUGAUCCACAAUAUAGUAGUACACCAAUACGGCAUGAUCGACCUCUAGUUGAUCAUCAGAAUAAGACACAUUCGUCAUUGUUCCAAUAUGAUGAAACCAUUGAGCCAGAUAUUGAGGAAGCAGUUAAAUUAUUGAAAAAAGAGAUGAAAGUGGACCAAACCAAAGUGAAUCAUGUAAAAUCUCAAGCUCGCCAAUCUGUUGAUAAUUAUAGUUUUCUUCAAGGAGAUACCAGUCGAUAUUCUGUGGAGUUUCAUCCACAAGUGUUUCAUAUGAUUUCAAAAAGUUCUUCGAGUCAAGGAAGUAGCAUACCACAUCAACGUCCAGUGUCGCAAAUCAUGCAUUCCCCAAGAAGUCCCUCACUGAUCAAUAAAUUCAUUGUGAAUCAAGUACUCGAACAAGAUACCCAAGGUUCACCUUUAAAACAAGAUCCCGUAAUGGUUCCCCUAUGGAAUAGUCCCUUGACUCGAAAUACCACUGCCGCGAAUAAUAACCGCAACAUUAAUCGACUUAGUAAUGGUGGGAUUGUUGGGCUUCCAAAGAUUCCCAUUUUACGUCGAGUUUCGGGGCCUAGUAAAUGGGCUCGUACAGAUAUAGAUACCGACCGUAGCAGUCCUGGGCAUUUUUCUGCAUUUGAGCCUCGUAGUCCAUUGCAAAGAUUAUAUCAAACAUCAUUACACGAAGAUACUGAUCAAGCUGAGAUGAUGGGCUCGAACCCAACCUUAUUAGAGAUGCCAGAUCUCGAGGCUCAUCCACAUAUACCUCAUGUCCCACACCCAGAAAAUAGCCACCAUUCCCCAUCCCUUCCAGAUAUUAAUGCAGGCUCUGAGAUCCCACAACAAAGGAUCAAUAAUUCAUCGGUAGAAUCAUUUGAUUCGGAAAAACUUGAAUUUAAAGAUAUUUAUUCCAUAAGACGAAUAAUGAUAACAAUUUCCUUGUGUAUAAUAUGUCCUGUGAUUUUUUUUAUGAUUGGUGUCGGAUCUCGUGCAGGUAUUAAUGAUUAUCGUAUAAUGAAGAUGAUUCUCAAUGAUGAACAUCGAAUUGGAUUAUUGAAGGGAUUCAUAUGGGAUGUUAAAGUGAAUUGGUUCCGUCAUUUAUGUUUGAUGUUAGGAAUCAUAGAAUUACUUGUAGUGGCUGCAUGUAUUGGUAUUGGGUUUGGAGUUGGAUUACACACAUGA